AUGCUGCCUUACCUGUUCCCUGACCUGUCCACCUUUGCUACAGUCGCCGAUCUUAUCACCCACCUUCGCACUAGUGAUGCUCGCCUGCGUGCCGCCCUUCCCACCGAGUUCUGCGCUAAGAACCCCCCUCCCCUGUACUGGGCACUCCACUUCAUAGUCACCCGUCUCCCUGACACCCUCAGCUCAGUGCGCGACUAUUUCCUUGCUCGCUGUCCCACUGAGCUCACUGUCGCCCUCCUAGAGGAGAAGCUGCUAGCAGCCGAGAAGAGCAUUGUAGCUGUAGGUGCUGCUCGCGGCGCUCCUCGCACCCCCAUCUUUGAGGGGUGCUCUCCCUCUCCCCUCGCUCCCUCCUAUGCUACUGCUGCUGCUGUUGACUUCCUUGGUGCUGAGUCUGCUGGCGCUGCUUCUGCUCCUGGUGGGAGGCGCCGCACCGGCAAGGGCAAGGGGGGCAAGGGUGGCGGGGGUGGCGCUGGGGGGGGAGGGGGUGGGGGAGGUGGGGGGGGAGGCGGUGCUGGAGGGAGCGGUGGCGGGAGUGCUGGUGGGAGUGGGGCCGGCGGCGGAGGCGGGGGCGGCGGCGGGAGCAGUGGCGGUGGUGGCAGCGGCGGCAGUGGCGGCGGUGGCGGUAGUGGCGGUGGCGGUGGCGGUGGUGGCGGUCGGAGCGGAGGUAGUGGCGGCGGUGGAGGUCGGAGUGGAGGCACCGGCUCGGGCCAGAGCUCCCAGCAGCAGCAGCGUCCCCAGUCGACCCAGCAGCUUCGUGAGUGGCUUGCUCAGCGUGGGACGUCGGGGGGCAGUGGCCGCUGUUCCUAUGUCAUUCGCACAGGUGAUCGCAAGGGGCAGACGUGUGGAAAGUUCCACACUCAGUACCGCUGCUUCUUCCGCCUUGACGACGCUUGGCGUGAGGAGAUGGGCGAGGAUGUUGAGCGCCCUCGCUGGGCUGAGCUGAUGAGGGCUGGUGUUGAUAUCUUUGCUCUUGACUAUGAUGCUAUUAUUGCUGCCAUGUAUGCAUUGACUGUUAGUGCCGAGGGAGACUGUUACUUGUGUGUGCCGCCUGACCCAGGUAUAGAGCCCGCUGCCCUAGGUACUAGUGAGUCUGCUCUCUCUGGUAUGGUGCCCCCUGUACCUGCUCCCUCCAGCACUGUCCCUGCUGCUUGCGAGUCUGCUCUCUCAGGUACAGCACCCACAGAGACUGCUCUCUCAGGUACUGCACCGGCUGAGGCCUGUCACACCUUCACCCUUGACUCAGGUGCUUCCCGCUGCUUCUUUCGAGACAGUACUGAGCUCACACCGCUUCCUGCACCGGUCCCAGUCUCCUUGGCUGACCCCUCUGGGGGCCCAGUCCUUGCCCAGUCCACCACUGUGCUCCCUUGUCCGGCGGUUCCGUCUGGCUCGUUGACGGGUUUCCACCUCCCCUCGUUCUCGACGAACCUGGUGAGCAACGCUGUCAUCCAGGAUCAGUGGGUUGACACCUUCACCCCUGGAGGACAGCGUGUGGCGAUCUGCACGUGCUCCAGGACCGGCCGUCACCUGGCUACGUUUACUCGUCGGCCGGGGUCGAGUCUCUACACACUGACCACUGCGUCUCCUCAGGUAGCUGCUGUCGGUCAGGUGUCCGCGUCAGGUCUGGUGGCCCACGCCUGUGAGUGUCGUUCCCUGUCGCACCAGACUCUUCUCUGGCACCACCGCCUGGGUCACCCCUCCUUGCCACGCCUCCGUGGCAUGCACCGUCGCCGCCUUGUGUCUGGUCUUCCCAGGUCCCUCCCUCCCCUCCCUGCCUCGCCUGCGCCGCCUUGCCUUCCUUGCGUCGAGGGGCGGCAGCGCGCCGCUCCUCACUCCUCCUCGUUCCCCCCGACAGAGGCUCCUCUGCAGACCCUCCACCUGGACGUGUGGGGCCCAGCCCGCGUUCGUGGCCAGGGCGGUGAGCGGUACUUUUUGCUGGUUGUCGACGACUACUCGCGUUACACCACGGUCUUCCCCUUGCGCACCAAGGGUGAGGUCCCUGCUGUUCUGAUCCCUUGGAUCCGCACAGUUCGUCUCCAGCUCCGCCGCCGUUUCCGGACGGAUCUUCCUGUCCUGCGUCUGCACUCUGACAGAGGUGGUGAGUUUUCCUCCGAUCUCUUGAGGACCUUCUGUCAGGCGGAGGGCAUCGAGCAGACCUUCACGCUUCCGGACUCCCCACAGCAGAAUGGGGUUGCUGAGCGCCGCAUUGGCCUGGUCAUGGAGGUCGCUCGUACCUCCUUGGUCCACGCGGCGGCUCCCCAUUUUCUGUGGCCGUUUGCUGUCCGGUACGCCGCGCAUCAGCUCAACCUCUGGCCCCGUGUCUCCUUGCCGGAGACCUCGCCCACACUGCGUUGGACGGGGGAGGUUGGCGAUGCGUCGCGCUUCCGGGUGUGGGGUGCUCGUGCCCUUGUCCGCGAUACGUCCGCGGACAAGCUCUCCUCCCGCACACUUCCCUGUGUCUUCCUUGGCUUUGUCCCUGACGCGCCGGGCUGGCAGUUUUACCACCCCACCUCGCGCCGGGUCUUCGCCUCUCAGGAUGUCACCUUUGACGAGUCGGUCCCUUUUUACCGUCUCUUCCCCUACCGCACUGCCCCCCUCCCUCCCCCGCCGCUUUUCCUUGCUCCUGGUCCCCCUCCGGUAGACCCCCUUCCCCCUCAGGGUCCUGCUCCUUCAGGUGUCUCUCAGGUAGACCCUCCUCCCGUCGCUGAGCCUGUCGAGGUCACAGGUGACUCAGGUGGUGCUGCUGGGAGUGCUGAGCCUGGGGGUGCUGAGCCUGCGGGUGCUGGGCCUGGGGGUGCUGGGACUGCGGGUGCUGGAGCUGAGGGUACUGUGCCUGAGAGUUCGGCGCCUGGGGGUGCUGAGCCUGGGGGUGCUGCGACUGGGGGUGCUGAGCCUGCGUGUGCGGAGUCUGGGGGUGCUGAGUCUGGGGGUGCUGCGCCUGCGGGUACUGAGCCUGGGGGUGCUGCUACUGAGCCUACGGAGCCUCGGGUUACUGCGUCUGGGGGUGCUCCGGUUCGGGGUACUGAGCAGUCUCUCACACCGCAGCAGCUUCGAGGCUGGUACGUCCGGCACUUUCGCCGUCCUAGUGGCUCGGUUGGAGUUGGGGGUGCUGGAGCUGCUCGUUCUCGGGGUGCUCGUACUGGGGGGACUGGAGCUGCUGGAGCUGGGGACUCUGGAGCUGGCGGUGCUAGCGGAGUUGGAGCUGCCGCCUCUGGGGGUGGCGCUGCUGCUGGUGCUGAGGACUCGGACGGUGGAGCUGCUGCUGGAGCUGAGGACCCGGCCGGUGGAGCUGCUGCUGGUGCUGUGGACCCGGACGCUGGAGCUCCUACUGGUGCUGAGGACCCGGCCGCUGGAGUCCCUUCUGCUUCUGGAGACGCUGCGCGGCCGCGACCGUACUUCGUACCGCUCCUUCAGCAGGUUCUUGGGCAGGCUCCUCCUCCUUGUCCUCCUCCCUCCGUAGAGUGUCCUCCGCCAGUCCAGCCGCAGUCACAGUUACCGCCUACCUCGCCUCUCCCUGCUCCCUCUCCUUAUACUGGUCCCACAGGAGGUCUUACGGAGCGUCGUGAGCCUGAGUCUCGUCCUGCGUCGCCUGUCCGUACUGCUCGCACUAGUCGUCGUGUCCGUCGUGAGCGUCCUCCUGCUGUCCCAGGCACUCACUACAUGACUCUGCGUCCCUCCACUGCUCCUCAGCGUGUCCCUCUACCGUCUCCUCCUGAGUCCUCUUUGCCUGCUGUUCCGGACCCUGAGUCUGACCGGUAUCGUGCUGAGCACCCUACUGUCACGCGUCUCCUAGCUACUGUUGUCACUGACCCUACCUUUGAGUCCUCGGCUGCGUCUGCUCUGGUCGCUGAGUUGGUUGACUUUGCUGCUGCCUGUCGUCUGGACUACGCUGCUAGCCUUGUUGCUGGGUCUGAGUCUGCGUCUGUCUGUCCUCCGUCCGUCGGGGGUGAGUGUGCUCUUGGCACGGACGUCCUUGAGGACAGGCAGGAGGACUUUGACUCUCUCGCGGCUGCUGUACCUCAUCUCGUGGCCUGGUUGCUUGCCCCUGAGGGAGACCCGGAUGCACUAGACUGUCAGAAAUAA